AUGCCUGCAACUUCAAACUACCGCAAAUUCUGGUCCAACCCCUACAUUGGUCAUCCAAACGGGAGCCUGACCAUUACUCUGGAGCACUCGUCCAAUGGUGCCGGCGACGGUCGUCACUACGUUCUCCAAGAGCAAGGUGUGCUCGAGAUUCGUGACGUGGAGGCCGGCUUCAGGCCCGUCAUUGGGCCGUUUUACUGUUUCCUCGAAAAGGACCGCGCAAAGGUGGAGGAUGUUCUCAACACCGUCCCUCCUCCCAGGGACGGGAGCGUGGGGCUCUGGGCCGGAGCAAUCCUGCUGGCCUUGGAGACCAAGGGUCUGGUCAAGAAGCCUUAG